UGUCUAAUAUGAAAGUUAAUAGUAACGUUAGUCGUCUCAUGGUUCGUGUUGUGCGUGCAAUUUUGUCUCAAAGCCGAUGGCACCCUCUUCCAUUGGCUCAUGACAGCAACUGAGUGGAUGUAAUACAUAUUUCAUCUUCUGCUCUGCUGGACUAAAUCUAACGUUACACAAUCUGUGUGACAGAAGUCGGCACAACACACGCAGAUUAUGAAUAGGAGAAGGAUAUCAUUCCAGAAUUUCCCAACCUGUCAGACUACUUCCUGGACACGCCUCCUUUUCUAGCAAAGGAACAUCUCCGAACAGAAAGAGGAAGUGCUUUAAUCUCAUUCUCUGAUUCUGUGUGUGUCUGCUGGUGAUUGACGUGUAGGGGGCUGACCUCUCACCUCUGUGCGGCAGUCAGACUGAACUGGAGCGCUCCAAAGAUGGCUAGACCAAGCUCAAAUUUAACAAUGUUUCAUGAGGAUUUUGCUAAAGCCAAGCACAUUGCUAUCAUUACGGGGGCCGGAGUGAGUGCAGAGAGUGGAGUACCAACCUUUAGAGGACAGGGGGGCUACUGGAGGAAAUGGCAGGCACAGGAUUUGGCAACCCCUGAAGCUUUCUCUCGAGAUCCUUCUUUAGUAUGGGAAUUUUACCAUUACAGGCGGGAGGUUAUGCGCAGUAAGAUGCCAAACCCAGCCCACCUGGCUAUAGCGGAGUGUGAGUCCCGUCUCAGCAAGCAGGGGCGCUCUGUUGUGAUCAUCACUCAGAACAUCGAUGAACUGCACCAUCGUGCUGGUUCCAAACAUGUCUAUGAAAUCCACGGUAGUCUAUUUAAAACCCGCUGCAUUAGCUGUGGAGAAGUCAAAGCCAACCACAAGAGUCCAAUCUGUCCUGCUCUGGAGGGGAAAGGAGAGCCUGACCCCAGUUCCAAGGAUGCCAGAAUACCAGUGGAGCACCUGCCCAGGUGUGACAGAAGAGGUUGUAAUGGAUUGCUGAGGCCUCAUGUGGUUUGGUUCGGAGAGACUCUGGAUUCAGAUAUUCUCACCGCUGUGGAGCAGGAGCUGGAAAAAUGUGAUCUCUGCUUAGUGGUGGGCACCUCCUCCGUAGUUUACCCAGCAGCCAUGUUCGCUCCUCAGGUGGCAGGUAGAGGAGUGCCUGUAGCUGAAUUCAACAUGGAGUGCACACCUGCUACUAUGCGCUUUAAAUAUCACUUUGAGGGUCCUUGUGGUGUCACACUGCCUCCUGCCCUGGAACGCCACGAGAGCGAGGCCAUUUAAGGAGAGAGAAGGCAUGACCCAUUCGUUCAUGCCUACUGCAUAGAGCACUUGAACUGAGAGCACAUGGGAUUGGUUCAUGCCUUCAUGUGAUUGGUUUUCCUGUGGUUUGUGUGCUAUGAAGAUUUACAGCAAAGGCUGAAAUUAAAUUUUAAAUAGUGUCUUUUUGAGUGUUUUCUUGGCCUGUGUAGGAGCGUUUUGUGCAAGUUGUGUUUUUGGCAUUGGAUCUUAGUGGAUUUGUGAUUCAUGGGUAAUUAAUUUACAGUGUUUCCACAGUCGUGGAAUACCUGGGAAUUUAAAAAUCGUAAUUUCCAGACUCAGAAAAGUCAAGGAAGAUAAUAGUUUUAAAGAGUUCUGGAAAUUUCCAUCAUGAGUAAGUUUUCAAUGUGAUCACCUCUGAAAUAUUUCAUCAGCUAAAAAUAACUGGCUGGAAAAAUCAUGAAAAUUGAUUGGUCAAAUGUUGUUGGUACCCUGAAUGUACAUGUAGGACUAGACACUAAUGCAAUAUAAUGAUUUUGAAUGAGCUGUAACAGGAUGAGCACAGACAGACACAAUGGAUGUGGAAUCAGAAGUUUUAUUUGAAAU